CGCUCUUGCUGAAGUUGUUCAGUCUCGGCUUCAACUCCACCAGACCACCACCAUGAAAUUUGCGGCUCUUGUCCUUCUGCUGGCUGUCGGCUCUCAGGCCGCUUCCCUGCAGGCUGAUGCACCCGACCAGUUGACCCAAUAUCGGGCUAAGGUGAAGGAGGGCCUCGUGAGGGUUCUGACACCCUUAGAUACCACAUCAUACAAGGACUCCAAGGACACCGCAAUUGAGACGUUUGACACCAAAUUGGGCGAAGUUCUUACAAUGGGUCAAGGUUUAUUCAGUACCGUCUCUGAUGCCACCGAGGGUAUCCGUGAUACCCUCAAGAAAGAUGCGCAGACCUUACAAGCGAGCAUCGCUACUGAUGCUGAAACAUUGAGGGAGAACGUUCUGAAACACCUUCGGGACUAUGUCGGUGUGCUAACACCCCUUAAAGAGCAUUUAGAGGGUAAGAGACCUGAGCUUGAGGCAAUCAAGAUCAAGGUUAUACAAGCUGCAGAGCAGAUUGGUGAGAAGGUGCCAAAGAAUUGGGAGGAGACCAGAGGUUCCUUCGCGCCCAUAGCAGAAAAGGUGAAACAACAAGCUGCUGUGCAUAUGGAGAUGGCUGAGAAGCAGAUUGGGCCCUAUGUUACCGAAUACAAGGACUCAUUCCAGGCUGCUAUGAAUAAUCCAAACGAAAGGCUUCGACCUCUUUUGGAGGAAUUUAAGGCUAAGAUGGCAGCCUUUAGUGAAACCCUGAAUCAGGCAUUGGCCAGGAACUAAAUCCUCUCUACCCUGUUCUUGUAACUAACCUCACCUCCCUGCCUGUCCUAGAUCCAUUUCUUCUUCUCAGCUGACAAAAUGAAGCUAAUACCUAACUGAUGAACAAAAUGGCGGGACUCUCCUCCUUCCAUGCAAACAGCUUACAAGCACACGCAAGCACACAUGCAGAGACGAGUACAUACUUAGCACACACACAUGCUUUAUUCUUCACAUGUCGCGGCCAACUGCUAGCAUUUUGUGUAGGAACUGUAUGUGAACUACUACAAGUGCUUGAAUCUCUGUGUGACCAUGCUUGUCAGAUGAAAACUGUGCUUUGGUGAAAUACAGCUCAAUAAAGAUCUGACUGUUUAUACUA